CAAACCAUUGAAGAUUACUAUCAGAACAUCUUUGGUGAGCCAUUGGUGGUUACUACUAGAAUAUCUUUGGUGAACCAUUGGGGGUCACUAUUGGAGCAUCUUGGCAGAUCAUUGCAAAAAGGCAGUUGCUCUAUUCAGAAGCCUAUUAAUAUAUUAGGCUAUAUAGUAUCCACUAGCAUGAUCUCUACAAAGACUAAGUUCAGCACUAGUUGGCUUAUUGCAAAUCUUGCA